AUGGUGGAGGAUGUCGUGCACGCCGACCUGGUUUCGGACAGCAGCGUAGAAGGCGAGAUAUCUACACAAGCCAAGAUUGCUACGCCAGGACCAAAAAGGCUUUCGAAAACCAAGGUAACGGAAUGGGUGAAACGACUAAUACAACGCUCGCGAGGAACUAAGUUGUUCGGGAGCUUCAAUCCAAAUGUGAUCGCUGAGCUUUUUUGGGAGCAAUCUCAACCAUGGGCCAAGUUCGCCGAGUCCCACAUCGACCUCGUUAGCUACAUUUGCGAGCAGUUUUAUAAUGUUCUCCUCAAGAAGAGGGGAGCUAAGGAUGUUGCUUCUCGAAUAUGGUCUUUCAAGGUCAGGCAGCGUCUUGAAGAGCGCAAAGUGAAAGCCCGAGAGGAGUUGAGGAUGUUGAUCGAGGACUUGAAAGGCUUUCCUAUCAACUACAACCACUACUAUACGGACAACCUCCACAGGACCGGUGAAGAUAAGCUACGAACGUGGCUUAAUGCUAUCAAUCCUGCUCUACUUGAACAUCGCUCCAGCAUGAACUGCAGCCGAGGCGCACAUUAUGACAAAUUCGAUUUAGAAUUAGUCAUUGGGACGUUAUUCAAAGCCACCAGCGAGUCUAGUGUCGAUAUGGAGAAGUUUAGCUGCGAGGAGGCCCUGGACUGUCUGCACGCGAUUUACAAGGUCCAGCUGAAGGUUUUUGUUGCCAACGUCACUAAUCAGGUGAUCGAGCGCCACAUGCUUCGCGAUCUUGAACACGUUUUCUCCCCCUUAGUCGUGGCAACUAUGAACGACACCGAAGUCAAGUCCGUUGCCCUCGAGAGUUCUGCAAUACAUCACCAGCGCAAAUUUUUGUUAGACCGCAUAUCAAAGCUUGAGGAGAGCCGUGUCAUCUUUCGAAAUGCGGUGGGAAUGUUGUAG